UACAUCGGUCUGCUAUCUUCUACUCUACCACUCAAUCUGCUCAUGUUUGGUAUAAAUGACAUAGUAGAUUUCGAUGUGGACCAAUUGCAUGCUCGUAAGGGCAACUACGUAUUCGGAGCUAGGGCUAGCAAGUCUGAACUAGCUCAGCUGCCUCUGCUGAUAGCGGUCAUUAAUCUCUGUCCGAUCGUCGUUCUCGCGAUGACCACGGAAUGGCUGAGUCCCGCUAUGUGGGUGUUCGGCUUUUCACUGUGUAACAUAGUCUAUAACAUACCUCCAGUGUCACUGGCUCGGAAGGGCCCUUGGGAGGUCCCCUGUGUGCUGCUCGGUGUAUCAUGCAUCACUAUGUUCUCAUGCGAGAUCAACAACAUCCCUUUACCAUCAAUAGGUGGAUGGCUAUUUCACUGGCUGGCAAUGGCACGUGGCCAGCUGCAUGGGGAGAUGAUCGACAUCGAUGACGAUGCUAAAUGCGGGAAGAACACCACGGUUGUGAAGCUCGGCCUCCUCAAGGCUCAAUGGCUCAUGUGGACACUAACGGUGUGUGCAGCCCUUGUAUCCUACUCCCUAUUGGGCUCUGUGGUGCUAAGUAUCUACUAUAUCAUCGAUCUGGCACUAUCAGUUUACUGCCAUCUAAGGGGAGCGGCGAGCAGCAUAGAGAAGCAUACCAUGACCAUUUUCAAGGUGCAGAGUGUCCUAGGAAUCAUCUACCUCUCUUACGCUUGGUCUAGUCAAGUGUUCGGCUGAAAAGUUGAAGGUUUGCGGGCGUGUUACGGCAUGCUCAGUGAGAUGUCUUUUAUCGCUACUGUUUUUCAUAUCACGGGUGAAACUCGUUAUUAUGUGUUCUGCAAGAAUUUUGGGAGAUUCGUAUUGUUCUUUGCACAC